AUGGUAGCAAUCUCGCGGUCGUCAGCCGCCGCCGCCGGCAUAAUUGCCGCAUCGGGAAUCAAGGGCAGAACCGUCACCACAAUACCCAAGGACGGCGGCCUGACCGAUUUCCUCCGCUCAAUCAUCUCCGCCGACAAGGAAUCGAGCGGCGGAGGUGAGCCCUUCUACGUCCUGGAUUUGGGAACCGUCGUAUCCCUAAUGGAAACGUGGUCAAAAUCCCUCCCCACGGUCCACCCAUUCUACGCCGUCAAGUGCAAUCCCGAAUCUGCCCUCCUCGGCUCCCUCGCCCACCUCGGCGCGAGCUUCGACUGCGCCAGCCGUGCCGAGAUCGAAUCCGUCCUCUCCCUCGGCGUCUCCCCAUCCCGCAUCCUCUUCGCCAACCCUUGCAAGCCCGAAUCGCACAUCGCCUACGCCGCCGCAAAGGGAGUCAACCUCACGACCUUCGAUUCCGCCGACGAGCUCGAGAAGAUGAGCCGGCUCCACCCGAAUUGCGAAUUGCUCAUCCGUAUCAAGCCGCCGGAGGACGGCGGCGCGCGGUGCCAGCUGGGGGACAAAUACGGCGCGCUCCCCGAAGAGAUCGACCCCCUCCUCGCCAAAGCGCAAUCCCUCCGCCUCUCCGUCGUCGGCGUAUCGUUCCACAUCGGCAGCGGAGGCGAGACCGGAUCCGGAACCUACCGCGGGGCUAUUGAGGCGGCCCGAGCCGUCUUCGACUCGGCGAGCCGGCUCGGCUUGCCGCGGAUGCACACGCUGGACAUCGGGGGAGGAUUCACAUCGGGCCCCCAAUUUGAAGCCGCGGCUUCCGAGAUCCGUGCCGCGUUGGACGAUUACUUCUCGGGCGAGCCGGGUCUGAACGUGGUCAGCGAACCGGGCCGGUUCUUCGCCGAGUCCGCGUUCACGCUGGCCGCGGCGGUGAUCGGGAGGCGCGUGAGGGGCGAGCGGAGGGAGUACUGGAUUAACGACGGGCUCUACGGCUCGAUGAAUUGCAUUCUGUACGACCACGCGACGGUUAAGUGCGUGCCCUUGGCGGUGGCUUCGAAUGGGCUGGACCCAAAGUGUGAAGGAAAGCCCACGUUCAGCUCGACGGUGUUUGGGCCGACUUGUGAUGGGCUGGACACUGUGUUCACAGGCCGGCAGCUGCCGGAGCUUGGGGUGAACGACUGGCUGGUGUUUCCGGACAUGGGAGCUUAUACUGCGGCGGCCGGGUCGAACUUCAAUGGGUUUGAUACGGGUCGGAUCUUGACACACCUUGCGUAUACCGUUGAUCAAAGUUGA